AUGGACUCGAGUCACGCGGCUACACCUACUAGCCAGCUGAAGGAAAUGCCACAUCAUCAGCAACCACUGCCGGCCUCUAAAACCGCAUCAUUGCAGCCCACGCCCAGAUCUGCGAGCGCUACCCAUUUAGAGCCAGGGGAAAAGAUUGUUGCUGCAACGGGGCCUCCCCUGGCGGAGAAUAGCGAGCAGUCGGUAAACCCACCAAUCGGGUCAGACAGCGAAGGGGGCACUCUGGUGGGCCAUUGGAGCAUGCGUAGCACCGCGGACACCAUGGACUCGCAGAUGCUUGGAACUCACUGUGUUGCGUGUCUGCCCGUCGUCGUCUGUCUGCGAAACAACACGGGUGGCGGCAAUAGCUCAAAACCGGUUAAGGUGCGGCACUCCAACCAGAAGGCUAAGUUGCUUGUCACAAACACCCGCUCUUUGCCUCAACCGGACGAAAGGAGACGCAGUCACCACCAUCACUCCCAUCACAAGGCCCGCAAACAUCACAUUCAAAGAGGCGAAGGCACUGUGCUCUUCCGCAAGAGGGUGACCAGUUUGAAAAGCAGUACACCGGCCGAGGAAGCGGCAGUCCGUUACAACCUCAGUCUGACGGAGACCUCAUCAGGCACGUCAAGUGAAUCGGAAUUUGAGGCAGAUCAGGAUUGGAAUCGCAUUAAGGUUAGUAAGCAGCAACACGAAGGUAGUGGCGCGUCACCCAGUCAACCGUUAGGGCAACGAACCAGUGAAAUCAAGACGCCGGCGACGGAGGGUCACGGCUGGUUGGCCAGCGCCCGUCGGUUCACAAGCGCCCUCUCCGAGUCUCUCAGUCGUCGAGCUCUCCCUUCGCCUAUCAGCGGGAGCGGAGUCAGCUCAGUUAGUCGUCAUGGCAACACAAACAAAUUGGUUCCUCUCUCCUCUACGCCCCAGGUAAUCCAUGGCUUUUUCCAGUCGCUGGUUUUAUCUUUGUUUCGACACUCUUUAAUAGGCUUGCACUAUGUUUACUCGCGGCAGGCGUCUUUAAUCCUCAAGUAUUGCCAGAAAUUCUUACACGCUUUCAAAUGA